AUGCUCUUCCAAUCCCUCACCGCAGCCGCCGCGCUCUUCUUCGGCGCCUCCACCGCGCUGCCCUCGCCCCAGCUCCAGGCCCGCGCCAUCGACCCUAACGCGAAGUUCCACCUGACGGCGACCGUGGACGGCAAGGCCACCGACGUGCAGGCCGCCCUCAGCAGCCUCUUCGUCAACCUGCCCGCGCAGAACGCCACCUGCGACGUGGGCCACGACGCGACCGCCACCUUCUUCCUCAAGGACGACGGCCUCUUCCUCUUCGCCAAGUCGGCCACGCCGCAGCAGCUGUAUGCUGACCGCUCUGGAAUGGGCCAAGGCAAAUUCGGCUACACCACGGGCGCGCAGCCGACCCCCAAGAACGGCGAGCGCACGCCCUUCACGCUGGGCUACGACAACCAGCUGCAGCUGAAGGGCAGCGACAAGUUCAUCGCGUGCCCGAACAGCGUGCAGGGCGCCUGGAGCAUCUGGGCCUCGUCCGGCGUCGCCAACCCCGCCGGCAACUCCGGCUGCAAGGAGACCACCCUCAAGGCCUCCGUCGUCGCCAACCCCAACGGCUGCAUCUAUUCCUCUUAA